UCCGAUCUCAGCUCCUACAUUGACUCCAUGUCCGCCGUGCCCAACCUGGAGCUCUGCAACGACGAGCUCUUCGCCGACCUCUUCAACAGCAACCACAAGCCCGAGCGGGGCGGGGAAUACGGCGAGUACUUGCCACCGGGCGGCGGCGCCGGCCGCGACCCCGCCAAGGACCUCGGCGCUGCCAUGACCACCCUGCUGGGCUCCGAGCCCCGCACCGCCUCCUCCUCCUCCUCCUCCUCUUCCUCCUCCUCCUUCUCCUCCCGCGGCGCUCUGAAGCAGGAGCCGGACUGGAGCGACAGCGACCUCUCCUCCUCGCUGCUGCCCUCGCAGAUCGCCACCUGCGCGCAGACCAUCAUGAACCUGAGCGGGCAGCCCACGCCGCCCACGUCCCCCGAGCCGGCGGGCAGCAGCUCCCCGUCCAGCUGCAGCACCCGCUCGCCGCGGGAGCGCAACAACAUCGCCGUGCGCAAGAGCCGCGACAAGGCGAAGCGGCGCAACCAGGAGAUGCAGCAGAAGCUGCUGGAGCUUUCGGCCGAGAACGAGAAGCUGCACAAGAAGAUCGAGCAGCUCACCCGGGACUUGACCAGCCUCCGGCACUUCUUCAAGCAGCUGCCCAGCGCCUCCUUCCUGCAGCCCGGCUCGGGCACAGACUGCCGGUAACCGGGGGGGCGCGGGACGGAGAGACGGACUCCGGGAGACGGUGGAUAAAUACCUCAGAGGGCCGUGCCGAGCCGGGCCGG